AUGGCUUCAGCCCUGAACAAGCGCCAGCAGGCGCGCAACGAGCGCGCCCUCCAAGACCUGAUCAAGUCCGUCGCCGGCAAUGACAGGUGUGCCGACUGCGGAGCUCGGAACCCAGGAUGGGCAAGCUGGAGCUUGGGCAUCUUUCUCUGCAUGCGCUGCGCAACGCUGCAUCGCAAGCUCGGGACGCACAUUUCCAAAGUCAAGUCGUUGAGCAUGGACAGUUGGAGCAAUGAUCAGGUCGAUGUGUGUCGCUCUCUUCCCCAUCCGCCCGUGACAGAUAAUAAUCCUCGACAGAACAUGAAGCGCGUGGGAAAUGUGGCCUCCAACCGGAUAUACAACCCGAACAACGUGAAGCCGAACAUACCAAUUGACGUGGACGAGGUUGAGGGUGCGUUGGAGCGUUUCAUUCGACAAAAGUACGAACACAAGGCUUUCUCAGGAGAAUCACGCCCCGGGACCAGGCACAACACGGGCAGCACAAGCUCUGCCGAGGACCGGCCCCCGCCACUGCCUCCAAAGCCGGGUAAACGCUUUGGAUUCGGACUUCGAGCCUCUUCCGCUACUUUCCCGGCACCGAAGCCCGACUCGACCAGUCCUCCGUCAUCGCCGAGCGUGGGCGUCGGCCUCAGCGGGUUCGGGGACUCUUCGCCACCGAGAGUGAACAAGGCGUCGAGAGUAUUCGGGCACAAUGUGCGAAGUGCGUCUGCCGACAGCUUUGAGACGAAGCUCCAGACAUUGAAAGACAUGGGCUUUCCGGACGAGAAACGCAACGUGACGGUGCUCAAAGGGCUCAACGGGAACUUGGAGAAGUCUGUGGAGACUUUGAUAAGGUUGGGCGAAGGCGGCAGGAGCAUUUCCAGAGCACAUACGCCUGUAUCUGCUCACAGCGAAAAUGCCAACGGACUCUCCACGGGCCGGACCAGGCCUUCCGCGCCGCCUCCAACGGCCCCAGCUGGGAUCCAGUCAACAAACCCUUUCGACCGGCUGGACGCUCCUCAGCCAAUGAUCCAGCAGCAGUUCCAAGCUUUGCAGGCCCAGCCGACCGGCGCGUCGUUCAAUCCCUUUCUUCCCUCAUCCCAGCCGCCGCAAGCUCCUGCAACGGCACACCCGGCUUUGGAUCAGUCCUUCCAGAAUCUCCAGCUUUCUCAGCCACAGCAGCCGCAACAGCUCUUUCCUAACCACACUGGAGGCCACGGUACACAAAGUCAACAGCAGCAGGGAUACAAUCCGUUCUUGCAUACCUUCACCCCUCCGCCGGUGCCACAAAUACCGCCACAGUUUACCGGUACCCAACAGGGUCAGCCAUCUUAUGGCCAGCAAGGAGGAUUCCACUCUACCCAAGGAGGCAAUCCGUUCUUGAAAACUUCUCGUUCCCAGAUUUUUACCAGCAGUAACCCCUUUAAUUCUCAGGUACCAUCACUCCCGGCCUUCUCUCAGCCGCAGCAGCAGCAGCAGCAGCAGCAGCAGCAACAGCAACAACAACCACAAUGGCAGGCUAUCUCCAACGCGCAGGGGCAAUUCUACCCACAGCCAUCGCAACAAACGGCGCAGUUUGGUUUUGGACAACAGCAGCAGGGCGCUAGCACGGGGUACCAGCAGCCGCAAGACCAAUUCCAAGCCCAGAGCGGAUACCCGCAAUUCCAACAACAGCCGAAUCACUUCACCAAUCCCUAUCAACCGCAGCCGCAGUUUCCCAUCCGCCAGGAUAAAAAUUCGAUAUUAGCUCUGUAUAACCAACCCCAGCUGGCUCCUGCGCCCCCUUCUGGCACCACGGCACCCGGGGCUGCUGAAAGCAUGCCGGUCAACGGGCAAAGCGCGGCCUUGCCCGCCGCGUCGAACUCCGCCGGAGACAUGGCUGGGUCAACGGGUAGCGCGAAUCCAUUCUCAACCGCCCCUGGUCAGCCGGCUGUAGGCGCCAAUGGAGGAGGAGGAGGAGCGCGUCACGUCAGUCAAGAAAGUGUCGAUUUCUCCGGUAUGAUGGGUGGGAGGCAAAGCCCGGACGCAUUCGCAGGGUUGAGCGCACGAUUCGGCCGGCUGAACUAA